UGCCACGUAUAGAGGACACGCUGCACGCGCGUCGCUGCUUGUUCUUAAACCUCACCCUGGGCCGUUUCUCCCGGAGCUUCGAGUGUCGGGCGGCAUGCUGCUGACCGUGCUGAGCUGGCUCUGCGCCUCCCUGCUGGUGUCUGUCGGCGGGGGGAAGCUGCCCGAAGCCGAGGUGCAGAUAGAAGUUCUGCACAGACCUUUUCUCUGUCAUCGAAAGUCCAAGUACGGCGACAUCCUUCUGGUGCAUCAUGACGGAUACUUUGAGAACGGGACCGUGUUUCACUCCAGUCGAGCGGAAGGUGACAAGCAGGCGGUGUGGUUCACACUGGGCAUCAGAGAAGCGAUCAAAGGCUGGGAUAAAGGCCUGCAGGACAUGUGCUCUGGAGAGAAGAGGAAACUCAUCGUACCUCCAGCCCUGGCCUAUGGGAAGGAAGGAAGAGGUAAGAUCCCACCUGAGAGCACACUGACCUUCGUCAUCGAGGUACUUGAGAUCAGGAAUGGGCCGAGGUCCCAUGAGUCCUUCCAGGAGAUGGACCUCAACGAUGACUGGAAGCUCUCCAAGCAUGAGGUGAAAGUGUAUCUGAGGAAAGAGUUUGAGCGUCACGGCUACCCUCCCAAUGACACUCUACAUGAGAACAUGAUGGAAGACAUCUUUGCCAAAGAGGACGAGAACAAAGACGGCUUCAUAUCCUCCAGAGAGUUCACUUACCGACACGAUGAACUUUAAAUCCUCAUCCUGUCCCACGAACCACUCUCUCAUCCGGUGUCUUCUGUUUUCAUUGAUUUGUUGUGGAAAUACUUUGGCACAGACUUUUAUUGUUAAUAAAGUAUUUCACUUUUAUAGAGGCAGUGUUUUGGUCCGGUAAACUUGUGUGUGAAGCUUUUAACCAACAACUCAGUAAUGUUUUACUUCUUUGCAUUUUUGUGUGUUUACUUCUACAAGAGCACUCUCUACUCGGUCUUGCAUGGUUGGGUCAAAUUACAAAUCAUAUGUUUAUACAAAAAAAAUAAUGGAUGCAGCCACAAAGAUUUUAGUUCAACAAAUAUAACUUUUUUUUUUUUAAGUAUCUGCUUGUAGUGCCGGGCAGGCUGUGGGCAGGCAAUGUUAGUAGAUAACAGUUUCCUUAUUUGGCUGUGAAAUUCCCCUUAAUGGUCUUUAUUUCUUGAACAGAAUGUAACCAGACCAAUGUGGUUUACCUUUGAGGGUCCAGUAGGAAAGAAAGAGUGCUCUACUUUUUCUUUGAACAAAUCAAACCUUUUGUAUGCAAAGAUCAUGAGUUUAAAUUAAGUCAUGAAAAUGUGAACUUUAAUAUUUUUUUUAAUUUUCUAUCAAGCAGUUAAAUUGAUAUUUUUAUAGGGCAGCAGUUACUUGACAAAAGCAGCUGUGACCAAGAAAAUAAUCACUGUUUUGUUUUCGUGCUCCCAGUAAGCCAGCAUACACAAUACUCAGGCCCUGGCGCUGCGAAACAUGAAUGGAAUGCAGCCAAGAUCAUUAUUAUUAUUGGAGACAGCCGUUUGUCAUGUGACAACUGUGAGAAAGGUGCAUUGCACAUGCAGACACUGCAGUGUCAAUGCUGAAAGGGUAUAUUGUUCAGCUCUGUUCAUAAACAGCAUACAUGUUCUCUCAUUCUCCCAUACAUUUAGCCCACUGUUUCUAUACCUUCACGGUUCUUUAAUGUAAAAGCAUUUGGGUGAAGGUUGAUUUUAACAACCAACGUGAUCAAUA